AGCGUUGCACUAUACAUUUCACCCUGAUUGUUUGUUAAUUUGCCUGUUUGUUUGUUUGCUGCCCGUUCAAUGAAGAAGAAGAAGCCAUUAUCUGAAACCCUCGCAUCGAUCCAUGGAUCCUUCUUCUCACGGCCGCUUCUCACUCUCCCGUCAACAUUUUCGUCGCAUUUUAGUCUCAGAAAUGGCUGCGAUGAGAACGGGGCCAUCGAACAGCAGCGAAGAAACCCGUGACCGCAGCGUCGAGAUGAGUCCCUGUUGCGUUUUGUUCUUAUUAGUUUGUUUUCUCAGUGGACAUGGACGCCCGUUGUUUGGAGGAAAUAUGUGAAAUGGAACGAGGUGUAUGGAGAUUGAGGUAGAGGUUUGUUCUCGUUGGAGGUUUCUGCUCUUAGUCGUGAGCGAGAGAUUAUUAAUGUUGACAAGAUAAUGUGUUAAGGCUGACCUAGCGAAAUCUUUUAGUAGCGUUUCCCUAUCACGUAGUCUGUGGUGGGCCUGAGCAAGGAACAGAAUUAAGAUAACAUGUGAUUCGAGAUUUAGCAGACGAAGGAUUUGGAGAGAAGAAGUCUGGUUAAAUAUCUUUGAAUUUAAGGAGUUUCAAGGAUCCGCAACUCGAGACAGGAAGCUGUUAAUAACGUGGACACAGGGGUGGAAGGAACCUCACGCGUUGGUUUUUGAUGGAGGUUCUGUUUACAUGGCAUUAAAGAGCUGGACUUUCACAAUAUGAGUUGCUUUGGUUUGGCCCUAACAUGCAGAGCAAUAACAUGACCCAUGCGACUGCCCCCGACUGCUGAAAUAAUUCUUUCCCUUAACAAAUUUACGCUAGAACGUGUAGAUGGUUACUUGCAAGAUUGGUAACAGCUCGAGACAGGAAGUACAAUGUAGGACACAAUUGCAAGAAAAACAACCUUUGUAAUCGCUGUGCUUCAUGCUGGCUGUCUUUCGAGAGCUAAAGCAACCAGAUCGUCUGCAUGAGUACAGUAUCCGGAUGUACUGUCAUUGAAACUUCAACUGAAUCUUCUCCCGUUCAUGGGGGAUGUAUCUGGCAGAGAGGACUUUUCCACGAAUCCUUGAGGUGUCAAGUCAUAUGAAUGCACGUUGUGUGCAUCAGGAAGUUGAUGCAGCUUGUGGUUCAGCCUCUUGUUAUAUGUUACAGGCUUGGCACAACCUCUUCGUCACUCAACAAAUAAAUCCGUAGCGAAACAUGAUAUUAACUUUCGAGGUUUCCACAGCAACACUUAAUCGGAAGUUGGCAGCUCCAUUGAAGUUCGAUAAAUUCAUCAUGAAUAUUAAGUAAAAGGAUGCUCAAUGUGGACGUUUUAUCUCAGUUCCAUUCAUUUAGUAAUAUGAAAAUUGGUUCAUGCAUUAAGAAUCUAUACUAGAAUAAAGAAGCAGUGUCAUCUAAAAGAAUUUAUGAAAAUUUGGAUGCUAUCUUAGAAUAAUAAAGACUAGUUGGUUGCUGAAGACUUUUCCAAUAGCAGUUUUACCAAGAAGAGCAAAAAAUAAACUAAAAGAAUAAAAGAAUCUCUAUCAAUAUCAUAUGAGAGUCUCCUCUAAGUACUCUAUCCCAACUUGUCAAUGAUAUGUUAUUGUAUCUUUUUGUCACAAUUCUGAAAUAAGAGAAAGGGUGAAAAGAGUUGUGUUGUAUAUUCUGAGGGUUUACAUCCUAUUUUACUAUUUUAGGUUAAUGCACAGAUACAUAUAUUAAUACUAUAAGCCUAAACCUAUUCAUCUGUCAAUUAUUUUAAGAUUUCUUUCUAUGAGAAAAAUCCUUCCGUUUGUGGACAUUUUUAAGCAAGGUCUUAUUUUUAAAAUGACGCAGUUAAAAUAUUUUUAUUUUUAAUAUUGGAAAAAAAAAAUCGUAGCAAAAGCUUAAUGGAAUUUAAAAUCAACCCAGAUUUUACUUUAACUUCUGAAAAUUGAAGGCAUGAAAUUCGUCUCUAAAAAUCUCCCUAAAAGAUUUUGUAUUCUUAAAUAUAAGGAUGAUUUAAAGGCUGAUUGAUCAAUGUGAAAUUUCAAUUCAAAUUGAAUCAAAUUCAAUUGAAUCUUAACCAGUAACUAUGAUGAUUCCUAAUGUUGCAAGUGUGGAAGUUGAUACUUCAUGUAUAGGAUCUUCUAGUAGUUUGUCAUUUUUCCAUGAAUUUUCCAAUGAAUUGAGAGAACCAAGUAUGAAACAAUCUGACAAAGAAUCAUAUUUAGACCUAACAAUAAAACCUAAUCCAAAGGAAUUCUAUGGCAAAAAAACUAAUCUUAAAACAUAUAUUUUAAUUAAUAGUACCAGUGAUGUAAUUUUUUUGGUUCCAAGAUUAAAUAAAAAUGACAUAAUUUUCUCAUCUCCAAGUAAAGAACAAAGUGAUCUUGGUAGCAUUUCAUGGAGAGAAAUGCAUGUCACUAAUCAAUAUGAGAGUAAAGGUGAUAAUAACAAAAAUAAGUUGAAAACAUGUUUUUCUCAAACACUAAGAAAAUUUUGUUCUAGUGAAAAAAAUCCAACCAGAAUAAGUUGUGAUGAUGAGAAUACUAUAAUUAAAAUCAAAAUUAAAAACUUAAAAACUUGUGAAGCUUCAAAUAUUUUACAUAGUAAAAAUGAAACAAAUAAAAAUUUAUCAUCAAAAGAUUGGUUUCAACAAAGAACUUCAAAGUUCCAUAAAAGAAUUAGUAAAAUAUGUAAGAAUGAUAACAAGACUGUUCACGGAAAAAAAUCAAUAAAAACAACUGCACUUUUGAAUGCCACUACAAAAAUUGUUAAACUUCUAAAAAAUAAGACGUCAAAGUUAAUGAAUAUGGUGUGUUGCAAUGCUGAUAAAAUAAAUAAUUCUAUUGAUAAAAAGAAAAUAACUGUUGAUUUGGAAGAGAUAAAAUCCAGAAAUUUGGGUGGUUUGAAUUUAAAAGAAAAAUGUGUAAAUAAAGACGAUGUAUUAUGUUGUGCAAGUUAUGGAAAAGGCAAAGAUUUUCUAAAAUUAAUCAUAGCUAACAAAAAAAUAUUCAGCUCAUAUUAUAAUGGAACAAUAAGUUAUGUAGUAUUUUAUAAUAUAAAUAAAUCAUUGGAUAAUAAAAUAAUCAAUUCGACAAGCUAUAGAAAAAAUCUUUAUCAAAAUUAUAGAAAAAAUGAAUGUGAAGAAUUCCACACUCAAUAUGUAACUCAAAAUUUGAAUAAAAUUUCAAAACAAUCUUAUUCUAAAAUCUUAAUUUUAAAAAACAACCUUGAGUUGAUGGUCUUUAACACAAUGCAUUUUAUAUAUUACAAAAAUAUCACAAAUUACUUUCCAACUUGUUUAUUUUCCAAACAGAGAAAUUUAAAAUUAAAUAAAAUUGAAAAUUUUAAAAGCGAAAAUUUGCCAAUGUUUCCUUGGUUGAGAGAUUGUCGAAUUUUCUACAUGUUCCAUGUACGAAGCACAUCUAAGUUGGAAUCAAUGGGAUUGGUAUAUGAGGCAAACAUAGAAUCUCAUAAUUUUAAUUAUAAUCAGGACAAUAAAACGUGUUUAAGAUCCAUUCAGAUGUUUAACAAAGAUCCUGAAAAAAACUAUCUCUCAUAUGGAGUACAUAUUUUAGGUGAUCAUUUUACAGAGAGGUUCUUAAAUCCCCAAAAUGUGGUUACACAGAAUGGCUAUUCUAAUCAAAUAAUUUUUAAGAAGCAGAAUAAUUUAAACAUGGAUUCUUUGUAUGAUGAAAAAUCCUACCAAUUCGGUGUGAAGUCAAAAAACACAAUUAAAUGUGAAGGUGAAACAGUGACUUGGUUGGUCAAAGAUAAAAUUAAUUGUUACAGUGAUUUAAUUUCCAAAAUUCUGGAGUUUGUUGAUGUAAAACUCUCUAAAAUAUAUGAGAUUUGUGAAAAAGAUUUAUUAAAAUCUUUAAAUAGAAGAAUUAACUUGUGUGGUAACAACCAACAUGCAUAUUUGCAGAAAAACAUUUUUAAAACCAUAAAAAAUGAACAUGAAUGUUUAAAAGAAAAUAUGCAUAUAAAUAAAUGUAGAAAAUUUAAUUCAUUUCAUUUAGAAUAUGAAACUUUUCAAAACAAAGAAUCAAAUCAAGACGUUGCUUUUUCAAAAUUCAAAGAAGUUGAUGUUUUGAAUCAAAAUUUUGAAAAACUGAUGGACAAUAAAAUCAAUUCUCAAAGAGAGAUUCAUACCAACAUUCUUAAAGAACACAUCAAAACAUGUGGUUUAAUUAAAAAUGGAAGUUUGUAUGAAUUACAUAAUGCAAAAAAUAGUAAUGAUAUAGAAAGUUUGACAAUUCAAGAAAUAUCCUCAAAUAUUUGGCUACAUAAAGUUGUUACAAAAGAAAAUGAAGAGGUCUACCAGAAUCUCUAAUUUGAAAGGAUAUUCUCGGUUCAAACUAAAAAGAAUAACGAGAAAUAAUACUAAGAAUCAUACGAGGAAAAGAAACAUUGAUUUUCAAAAGCUCAAGGAAAAGUUUGUUACAAACUGCAGCAAUGAAAUACAAUUCCCAAUAAUUAGCUCACCACUGAAAAAUAAAAUAGUAGACACCUCAACAAAGUCUCAUGAAAGUAGCAGAAUAUGGCCUUCAUUUGACACAGAGAAUAAAAUAGAUGAAGAAAAAAAUAAUUGUAAACCUUCUACAUCUGAUGGGUUGACAAUGGAUUUACAAACAAGUUCAGAUAUUCUACAAAGUUUUUUGAAGCCAAAAUUAAUGUAUAAAGGAGUACCAAACUGUUUCAAUAAAGAGCGUCUAAAAGAUGGUUCCAAAUUUGUUUCUAGUGCAUUAACACCUUCACAAUUAAAACCACCUUUGAGAGAACAAUUAGUCAAAGAAUUGUUUUGUAAUACAAGGAAAAAUAUACUGCAUCAAAAGCUAUAUACAAAACCACCAUGGGAUAAAAAAUGUAGUGAUUUAGUAAGUAAUUUUGAGCUUUGUGAAAAAAAUGUUGAUAUAAUAAAACCAUAUCUACAUACAGAAAUAAAUACUUACAGACAGCGAAAAAAAUGGGUAAAAGAGCCACAUGCAAUGAACAAAAUGUAUUGCAAUGAAGAAAUAAAUGGGUCAACAAGAAAAAAAAAAUUAACAUUUUUGAAGAGUAUAGAAAAAGGUAUUCAAUAUGAUAUUGAUAUCACUAAAUGUUGGAAAAAUCGAUUAAUGUUGUAAAUAGACAUUAAAAGAAACAUUCCAAAUCAUGAAUAGCAUCUAUGUAAAGUUCAACACAUUGUAAUUGUUAAUUUUAGAUUUUUCAAGUGAGUUUGCCUUCAACAAUUUAAGAAUGGAAAAGAACCUUCAAAUGUAGUAAUAUAAUGGUGUUGCAAGAUAAGAUUUUAGUAUUAAUUCUUUAGCAAAACUUGUAUAUAAGGGCUGCACUUGUCAAUAUGGAUGUUGUUAUAAGGGCCAAAAUUAUUAAAAAUAAAUUUAGACUUGCACCCAUUGUGUAUGAGAAAAGCUUGAAGCUCCAUGUUCAAAUUGUAAGGAGCUUUAUAACAGAAGAAAGUGUGUAAAAUACAAAAUAUGUCUACUAUAGGUUUCAAGUCAUGUGAGAAGCACUGUAAGAUGUGCUUGAGGAUGGCGCAUGAUGAUAUUGUGUCAUGUGAAAAAUAUUGUCAAAUAAAAUAAAAUAAAUUAAAAUCAUAGAAAUAGAAUUCUUUGAGGAUAAAAUUCAAAAAAAUACAACAUCACACAUAUAUUGAAAAAAGUGGAAAUGAAGGGUUUUUUUUUUUUUAAAAAAAAGAUUUUAUUUUAUUUAUUUAUUUACCAAGACUCAACAUUUUAUUACUGUGUGCUGACAUUUCUGCAGUUAAGUCAACUCUAAUAUUGUUGUAAAGAAAAUUUAUGUUUUUCCUAUAUUUAUUUAUUUACUCAUGUAUAUAGUUGAAUACUUAUGGUUUUAAACAUAUAUUUGAAUAUGAAAAACUACUUUCAGAUAAGUUCAUCAUUUGUGGCUAAAGUAGUUAAAGAGAAACUCUCUAUUAGAAGAUAAAAAUAUCUUCCGAUUUUGUCUUCAAGUUAUAUGGGAGGUCAUGAAAUGCUCAUUUAACAUCAAAUCUUACAAGCACAAAACAAGAUUCUAAACUAAAACUUUCAUAGAAAAUAAAAGUUUUACUCAUCAUUUUUUUCUUUUUUUUUUCAAUCAAGAAAUGUAACUGUAAAUUAUUUAUGAUCAUGAACUACUAAUUGCACUAGCAAUUUUUUAUAAUAAAAAUUGAUCUAUACAAGAUGAAUCAUAGACUACUCAAUAUAAAUGUACAGUAGAAGAAUUGUCAAUUCAAAUCUCUGGGAUUUGACAAGAAGUCGUACACAUAUUCAGUUCACUUAAAUUCCUAUUAGAAACAUUCCUUUUUAUGUAUUCUACUUCUGUCACGUUUCAAUUCAGAAUUUGAGUAUGUUAAAUAAUAUAAAUUUAACUAAAAUUAUAUUGGAGCAUGUUUCCCAACAAAGUAAUACAUGAAUACUUCUCAUUUGUCAUUUGUAACUACGACAUUAUAACAACAUAGUUCUGUUUAGUUUUAUUUUUCUUUUUUUUAAAAAGUAAAAAAACAAAAAAAUAAAAACUAAAAACUAAAAUAAAGUAGAGAAAAAUAAAGUCCACAAUCAUGAAAAGAGGGCAUUCACAGAUGUCCAAAUAAAGAAGUCCUUUAUUGAUAUAAAUCAAUAAAACUUGAAAAGAGGGUAAAUGUUCACCUCCUUUGCAUUCUAUAAAUAUGUUCAAACAAAGACUUAUCAAAGAAAACCACAAUAGUUUUUGGAAUUACCUCCAAAUCAUGGGAGAGAUCAAAUUUCUGAGCACAAUAUGUCCAGCUUCAACCAUUACCCUCUUUAAGUGUAAUCGUACCCUAAAAACAACAAACAAAUAGAACAACUUCUACUAAAUUUAUGCACAUGUGAAAAAUGUGUAUUUUAUAUCACAUUUCUUUCUUAAGAUCCAAUAUGUAUAAAAUGACAAUAUUAGGGGGUUUCAAACAUGACACUUUUGUAAAAUCUAAUAAUUGGGAUUGAACAAUUGAUAUUUCCAAAAUCACUAUAAAUAUCAAAUCCAAAAUAUUACCAUUCAAACUUUAUCAUCUUUUGAUAUUAUUCUUUGAUUCAAACUUUAUUAUCCUUUGGUAUGGAGUCAAAGAGGGAAGAGAGCUGAGGCAAGCAACAUAGUUUUUGAUAUUUGAUUCACCCUUCUUUUAAUAUUUCAAUUUCAAAAUCACCUAUCUCACGAAAAAAAAUGGAUGAUUUAGUGAAGUAUGAAGGGAUAUUUCAAAAUAUCACAGGAUACUUCAAGCUUGCAUCAUUGGUAAAAUAUCAUCCAAAAAGGCCAUGUUUGAAAUUCCAUAUUGUUACUAGUGAGCAUCACUAGCUAAGGAGAUAGAUAUGAGAAUUCUUCAACAAAAGAAAACAUGUAGAUUAGUAUUCAAAUAAUAAAUUUGAAAGAUAACAAAUGCA